AAGGGUGCCUUUUUAGUUUCAAGAGUCGGAUAUUGUAAUCCGAUCUAAUCCGAUCGAUCUCAGAUACUCGAAACUAAAGGUUGAAGAAGAAGAAGAUGCCUUGCCUUUACCUCUCCACCAACGUGAACCUGGAUGGAGUGGACAUUAAUCCCAUCUUCUCCGAAGCCACGAAAGCCAUCUCUGCCAUUACUGGGAAACCCGACACCCAUAUCAUGGUGUUACUCAAGGGAUCAGUUCCCAUAUCAUUUGGUGCGAGCACUAGUGAACCGGCGGCGUACGGUGAGCUAGUGGCGUUGGGCGGCAUUACAAAGGCGGUGAAGCGGGAGCUGAUCGCUACACUCGGCACGAUUCUGCAGAACUCGAAGCUCAGCGUCCCAAGGACUCGAUUUUUCCUUAAAGUUGUUGAUGUAAGUACUCCUAUGGGAUCCAAACUGUGAUGUGUAAAUCGCUGUUGUAAGAGAUGGGCAAUGGCUAUGCUUUCCCUCAUUUGUUGGCCAAAGAAAUAAAAAGAAGGCUUCGCAUUUUAUGCUUUGGCUUCUAACUUGCAGUGCAAAAUUUCAUCAAUAAUUAGGGUACGAAGCCAAUGACACAAAAGUUGAAUCAAUAAGUCACAAUGGUCCCUAAACUCCCAAUUGUAGUUGAAGAUUGUGACACUCUAAGGUUGCCAUAUACAACGAGGCAUGCACCAC